UAUCCAAAUCUCUUUUGAGCGACAUUCCAAGAACUUCACUGAACCGUAUUUGCUCUGAUACCGAAUACUAAAUCAAAUUUUUUUGUCUGUAUGUCUGCCGCAAGGCCGCAUUUGUUCCGGGUAAUCUACGGAACAAGCGCGGGAAGGUAGCUAGAUACACGCAAGUACAUUACAUGCUACUUUUUUAUUAAUUCUGAGCUAAUUUUGCGGGGGAGUGCUGGUAACUAUAAUAAAGUUUCAAUAAAUUAAAGAAAGGUGACGAAGAGUAUAGAAAAAUGAAAACUCACGAAAUAAGCUUAAUCCCGCCUCGGGGGUUGGAUGGGAUCGCAUAAAGCAUACCCAUUGGUUGUUAUCGUCUCUUUCUAUUGUAUUCCUGUUUCUAUUUGGGGUCGCGAGUGUCCUGGGCGGGGCUUACGCUCCCAAGGGACGUAGGCACCUGACGCGGCCGCAAUCCACGUGCUUAUGAGGUCGGGAUAACACGUGUCCAUCCCUCAUUAAAUUCGUUACUAAGCCCGUAAAUUUUAUUCUAUAAAUCAAUGUGUCGCGUAAUUUGCGCCUUCGUAAAAAGUUCAAGACAAUAGUAUUAUCUGUUAAGCUUGCUUAAACUUAUUUUCUUAAUAUUCGUACCGAAACUGAUUUACUACGUAAUGAAAAUCUAGAAAUUAAAAAAAGAACAUUUUCAACAACAAAUUAAAAAAAGAACAACAAUCAUCUGAACAUGAGCGAAUCACAGAAACAGAAUACGGAAAAAGACACUUUAAUUCCUCCUCGACCUUCAUCCCCUAGGAAAUUUUUUGCUCGUAUCUAUGGCCACUUGGAAAAACCUCAGCAACCUCAAGUAGACGAAAGAAGUGAACGGAAAAAGCAAGAGUCCGACAGCGAUUCGUGUUCUGACGUGGACGUUGAUGAGAGCGAUGGUACGAGGAAUAGGACCCCGCAAGUUUGGGUACCACCUCCUCCUAUGCCUUUGUGUCCAAGACCCAUGUUACUUCCACACCAGCAACUAGCCUUUGGAGCAGGUUUAGCUGCGUUCUUGGCUCGAAGACGUCGCAAGGAGAGUCGACCUCGUCGUCAACGUACAACAUUCUCGGCGCACCAGACAUUACGUCUUGAACUGGAAUAUGCAAGAGGCGAAUACGUCGCUAGAGCGAGAAGGUGUGAACUUGCUUCCGCGCUGUCUUUGAGCGAAACGCAAGUCAAAAUUUGGUUCCAAAAUCGCAGAGCCAAAGAUAAAAGAAUAGAGAAGGCGCAUCUUGAUCAACAAUACAGACAACUAGCAGCGGCAUCGGGUUUCUUCCCGACAAUAAUCAGCGCGCCCUACGGCCCCACGUGUCCUUGUCUACCGGUACACCCCCAACAAACAGUCAAUAAGUAAAGUAUUCGUUAUAAGUUUAAAUGUACGAUAAUAUGUCUAAUAAGCGAUUUAUUCUAUCUUAAAAACAAACAAUGAUAUGUUUUCCACUGAUAUUUCUGUAGUAAACACACUGUAAUAUUAAAGUUGCGUAAGCUCACGAUAGGUCAAAUAAUGAACUAUUUGCAGCUUUAACUAAAAUAGUACUAGAAUCACUUUUAUCAUCAUAGUAUUGAUGAUAGACAUUGCUUUCGACUGUCUACUGUUAUUCAUAGAGCGACUUUAUUGAAUUUUCAAGAUUUUAAAUGUCACACCUAUA